GAUCAGCUCCUCGACAUGUCCUACGAACAGCCUAUGCAGUUGUACUGUGCCCGUCAGCGUAAGCGUGUGGACAGAGGCCUUCACCACAAACAGCAGUCCCUCCUGAAAAGGCUGUGCAAGGCAGUAAAGGAAGCUUCCCCAAUGGAGAAACCAGAGGUUGUCAAGACUCAUCUUUGGGAUAGGGUUAUCCUCCCAGAGAUGGUCGGCAGUAUGGUUGGUGUGUACAAUGGGAAAACCUUUAAACAGGUUGAAAUCAAGCCUGAAAUGAAUGGCCAUUAUCUUGGAGGGUCCUCCAUCACCUACAAGCCUGUCAAGCAUGGCAGACCUGGUAUUGGUGCCACUCACUCCUCCAGGUUCAUCCCUCUGAAGUAA